UGAGGAGGGCAGGGAUGGGGAGUGAGUGAGUUUGGCUGUGUGAGAGACAGGGAGAGAAAGAGAGCAGGGGAGAAGGACAGGGAAGAAGACCUAUCUUCUCCACGGCUACUGUAGAAUGUCUCAACGCCUCUCUCCACCUAUAGUGUAGAAUGUCUCAACGCCUCUGAUCACGCCAUACAGAAUCAAGGCAUCCUGAUCAUCUCGGAUGUGUCGGAUUUAAUAAAGAGAGAACACAUUGCUAGACUAUUGACAAUUUGAUUUUGUCACUGGAGGUUAUUUUCCAUUCUUCUUCUUCUUUUCUUGAAGUCGUUUAUUCUGGAACAGCAAGUACGUGGGGUACUGCGCCUGGACUGCUUUGACGACUGUCUCCAGCUGUGGAGAGAAGCUUGACUCGGGACUAUUUCCCUGAGCCCCGUUGGAUUUAGGAGAAGCGCGACUUAAAACCGAAAAUACAACAGUUUUUUUGACCAAAAAGUGGAGUUAUUGUGUACUUGUGAGAAGAUCACCAGGCCUGUGGCAAUGUGUCGGGGGCGGCUGGUGAGGCUGGCGGUGGGUCUGGUGGCGGUCCUUUCGCUGUGGACGGAGCCUGGCGGGGCUGAGGCUGAGCAGGCUGGGGGAACCGGAGGAGAAGCUAGACUUACCGAAGGCGAGCUGGUGUCUUUGCCGUUAUUAACUGUAGACAGCGAGCCGGCCAUGCAGACUCCGUCCCAACCCAGAGCCAGCCGGGCCAAGCGGAGGGGAGGAGGGACAGACGUCCUCAAAGGGCCCAAUGUGUGUGGCUCUCGUUUCAACUCCUACUGCUGUCCAGGAUGGAAGACUCUGACUGGGGGCAACCAGUGCAUCGUCCCUAUCUGUCGGAGCUCGUGUGGAGACGGGUUCUGCUCCAGACCCAACAUGUGUACCUGUCCUACCGGAUCCAUCUCUCCUUCUUGUGGAUCCAUGUCAGGUACUGUCAGACCAACACCAGAGCAGAACAAUAAGCUAGAAUGAUGUACAACAGUGUCUAUCAACCGUAUCUCUACACAUUCAGAUAGAACACUGCUUUACAGGGACUUUGUCUUUAAAAGCUUUAGGGCUGGAUUCAGUCCGUAGCGCCGAACAUCUGCAUUGUAGUGCGGUUGAAAUGUGAAGGUCAUUUUUGAUUGAGAUGACAUAUAGAUCGUUUACUGAGAAUGCGGUCUCCACAAAAGCAGCUAUAACGCUGAUCUACUGAAUGAAUCCAGCCCUUAGUUUCCCUGUAUGAGCCAGAUAAAUGUGAACUGUGUUUAGGAAGGAACAGCCUUAUCCCCAGGCCCACCACACCCCAGCCCACAUCUGACUGUAGUCUAUCACCACCUUACUUUAGCCUGGUGUCCAUUCUUCCAUUUCAAAGGCCUUUCACUGCCUUUACUAACAAGGACUUCAACAUAUGAAACAGAUAAUAGAUAUUCUAGAUCCAUGUAUGAGAAAAGUGGACCCAGUCAGCCAAGUCUAGGUCCACCACGCCCCAUCCCUCUGCUUCCCUC